AUGGCAGUCCGCCUCAGGGAUCCUGAUCUUGCCAGGCUAUUUGAGAACACGUUUCCCUCGACACUGGACACCACCGUCAAAUACUUUGACCCGGAUCGUAACCUGGCGUUUAUUGUCACCGGUUUCGCGCACUUGUACAAGCUACUGCCUCACGACGAUGACCUCAAGGCGCUGGUCAAGGCCGUGAUCAACACCGAGUCGCGGUACAUCUCCCAGUAUCCCUAUUGUGGCGCCUUUCAACCUCCCCCGGAGAGCGGCCUGUCGCCCAGUGUCAAUGAUUUCGCGACAAAAGUGAUUGUCAACCCACCGGUCGACAACCAGACGGUGUUUGAAUGCAAGUACGAGCUCGACUCGCUCGCAGGCUUCCUGAAGAUCUGCAGAUCCUACUACGCCAACACGAAAGACUCAUCGUUUAUCAACGACAACUGGAGGGCAGCGAUGGACCAGAUUCUCAAGGUGCUGCACGAGCAAUCGCAGAGCUCGUGGGCGAAUGACUGGGAGUUUGUCAGCUACUACAAUUGGACGGGCACGGCGGGAUCCCUGGCGGCACCAGUUCCCAACGGAGGCAACGGGGAGCCCAAGCUGGCGAACGGGCUCGUGGCGUCGAGUUUCCGGCCGUCUGACGAUGUAUGCGUUUUCAAUUUCAUCACCUCGGAUAAUGCCAUGAUGUCGGUUGAGCUCGACAACGUCGCCACCAUGCUCGGCGAAGUCGGCGAGGCGCCGGAUCUCGCAGGCAAGUUGCAGCAGUAUGCCAGUACCAUUCGAGAUGCGAUCUGGGCCCAUGCAUGCACCUCGAACGGCAUUUUCGCCUACGAGACCAACGGCUACGGCGGCCAGUACAUCAUGGACGACGCCAAUGUGCCAAGCCUCGUCUCCCUGCCUUACCUGGGCUUCCUGCAGCGAGAGGACUCGACGUACCAAAAGACCAAAGCCGCCAUGUUGUCGCGUGCGAAUCCUUACUAUGCUGUUGGGAAGAACUUUACAGGGAUCGGCGGACCACACGUUAAAGCGACCAAUCCGUGGCCCAUGUCCCAGAUCUCGGGGAUAUAUGGUAGCGACGACGACGAGGAGAUCAAGCAACGCCUGUCGCUUAUCGUCGAGAACACGUCUGGCCUCGGUCUGAUUCACGAGAGCAUCCACAUUUACGACUCGAGCGACUUUACACGGCCUUGGUUUGCCUGGGCCAACAGCUACUUUGCCGAGAUGCUCCUGGAUCUGGCCGAAAGAAAGCCGGGGUUGAUCUUCAAGGAUGACACUCCUUAUGUGAUUGGACGGGGGAAGAGGACUUCUCGGAAGAAGACGGGCUGA